CUGUGCGGAAGGAGACUGGUAAUUUAAGGUUGUGAUGCGGUCACAAGCAAAAUACUUUCGCGCAUUGAUAUAUGUCACUGAAUUAAGAAUACUGUAAAUACCAAUGAUGUAGCAGAUUGAAUACAGAAGCUGAAGAUGUCAACAUGGCAGAACAAGGUAUGAUGCAAAUAGAUCAUAAAAGGCCUCCACCAUUCCUGUACUAUCCACUGGACCGAUGGACGCCUAACAACAUAGCUGAGUAUUUCACUUGGAAUGGAUGCUCAAAGCUUGCAAAAAUACUGAAAGAUAAAAAUAUUUCUAACAGACGCUUGCCGGAGUUAACUGAAAAAGAUCUGCAGGAUUUUGGUAUUGAAUCGAAGAAAGACCGCGAGGAAACAAUGAAGAUUGUAAAAGAAAUCCUGGCCAGUGCCAUACCUGAAUACCUAAAGAUUUUUAAUGACCCCAUACAUGGCCAUAUUGAGCUGCAUCCAUUGUGCGUGAAGAUCAUUGACACGCCCGAGUUCCAGAGACUACGAUUCAUCAAGCAGCUUGGGGCUUGCUACUUUGUAUAUCCAGGAGCUGCUCACAACAGAUUUGAACAUAGCCUAGGAGUUUGCCACCUAGCAGGAGAACUGGUUCGAGCUAUCGGGGACAGACAGCCUCAAUACCAUAUCACCAGUACUGAUAUUCUUUGUGUAGAGAUCGCUGGCCUCUGUCACGACCUUGGCCACGGUCCGUUUUCUCACCUAUUUGACAGGAAGUUCAUCCCUGAGGCCAUUCCCGGGGGCAGGUGGGAGCAUGAGCAAGCAUCUGUUGAAAUGUUUGAUCAUCUUGUGAAGAAGAAUGGGCUGGAAGAAGAAUUUAAAAAGUACGGCCUCGAAUCGGCCGAUCUUACCUUCAUCAAAGAGCAAAUCAAGGGACCAUCAAAAGAUGAGUCAGAGCGCCGGAAGAGUACUUCUGAUACCAUUGACCUUGACCACAAAGACUGGCCGUUUAAGGGACGUGACAAAAACAAAGGAUUUUUGUACGAGGUUGUUGCUAACAAACGGAAUGGUAUAGAUGUGGAUAAGUGGGAUUACUUUGCCAGGGACUGCCACAACCUUGGUAUCCGAAACAAUUUUGACCACCUGAGAUUCAUCAAGUUUGCUAGAGUUCUGUCUGUUGACAAAGAAUAUCAAAUCUGCUCCAGGGACAAGGAGGUCCAGAUGCUGUAUGACAUGUUCCACACACGUUUAACACUACAUAAGAGGGCCUACCAGCAUAGAGUGAAUGUCAUCAUAGAACGCAUGAUAACAGAGGCGUUUUUGUUGGCCGACAAAUAUGUGAAGUUUCCAGGGAAAGGAGGAGAUCUUAAAACUAUGUCCCAGUCCAUAGACGACAUGGAGGCUUAUUCCAAAUUGACUGAUGGCGUGUUUGAGCGCAUCCUCUACUCCACAGACACAGAAAAUGACAUGGUGGAAGCCAGAGAACUCCUCACUCGAAUCCUUCAGCGCAAGCUUUACAAAUGUGUAGGCAAUACCAAACCCAAAGACAAGGCCUACAAAAAGAAAUCUGAGGCUACGAAAAUCAAAGCUGAGAUUGUUGGCAUGGGAACCGUUGGUGACAGGCAAGCUUUGGAGGCUAAUCUCAUUGUUGAGAUUAUGAACAUGGAUUUCGGCAAGGGAGAGGAAAAUCCCAUUGACGACGUUCGCUUCUAUGACAAGAGAAAUUCCGAAGAACCAAUGCAAAUACGAAAGGAAGAAGUCUCCCAUAUACUUCCAAGCAAAUUCACAGACCAAUACAUCUAUCUAUUUAUAAGAAAUGAUGAUCCAGACUUUUACCAGAAAGCUUUGGACACUUUCCAGAAAUGGUGCAAAGUCAAAACCUACCCUUCGCCUCGGGGAGGUACCUUUUCAAACGCUGAGAUGACUCCGUACAAACGCCCAAAUCCAGAUACAGAGGAGGACCUUGUGAGCAAAAGAGAAAGGCAAGAUAGCAAGAAACGAAAAUUGUUAAACAAUUGAAUUCAGUGAAAAAGAAAUCAGUAAAGUAUAACGGAGGUGUCUGGAUGGAAACAGACAGCAGAGAUGUGGUAUAUUGAAUUUUAAUGGACAUUUGGAAGGUCCGUUGGUUUGAAUAUCUUCGUGUUUAGAUUGUGAAGUGCUGAAUCAUUUAGAUCUUGAUUAUUUAUGACAGACUUCCCUCUGUUAUAGAUUUAUAAAUGGAUGUUGUGGAUCGAUAGAAAAUACAACUAGUCACAAGUUUUCUUAAGUGUGGCGUAAACAUUUAAUUUCUGUGCUUUAUAUAUUCAUGUAUUUGAUGCAAAAAAAAUCUGUUGUCUGUUAUGAACAUAUAUAUAUAAUUAUAUACAUGUAAAUACACUGAAGCUGCCAGUGUGUUAUUGUUAAUUAUACUUACUGAACUAUAAAAGCAAGUAUUGCUGCCAAAGGGAGACCACUCUUCAGUUAACAGAAGGAUAUAUACCGGUGUCAUAUAAGAUAAGUAUCCCCCAUAGGAUUUGUAUCCGGAUACUAAAACUGGCCAUAGGAUUUGUAUCCCCCCCAUAGGAAAAGUAUCCCCCCUAUUCAUAUGAAACCUUAUCUGUAUAUGGGUGUUCAAUACAAUGAAUUUAUAUACUAGAAAGUAUUAAUGAACUCUUUUUUUGAUAAUUGGAGGAUUAAAGGAGUUUUUAAGAUAUUGGGAGAAUGGACUGCAGGGGUGUAUGUUUUAUAUACAGACUUAUCUAUUUAAUCAUGACAUGUCAAUUUAAGUGACAGCAAAUAUGAUAUAAACAAUUUGCAGUGGUUCCCUGUUCACUUUUAUAUAUGUGUUCCUCCCUGCAUACCUGGUGACUCUUACACCUAGGUGUAUAUAUAAUGAUUGUCAUCAAAGACAAUUAGGGAGGGGUGGUGAGCAGUCAUGCAUGGGGUCAGGGUGUGAUGUACUACACACAAUCAGCAGGAUGGCCAUGGACUUGACAGGUGUGAAUUUAUUGUGGAUGAUGUGUGUUAUGACAAGCAUUUUUUUUUUUUAAAGUCUUAAACUUAUAAAUAUUAGGAUUUGGUUUGGUUUAAGGAAAAUAGCUCAUAGAGAUUUAGGUUUUUUUUAUUUAAACAUUUAUUACCAUUAUCAUAUUGUCCAAAUUUCUUUAGUAUUAAUUAUUAUUAUAUAUAAUCUAUAAAUAUAAGUUAUUACCUAGUACUGUGUGAUAUAAAUGAAUAUUUAAUAAUGGCUUUGAUUUAUUAAAGGUAUAUAUAUAUAUAUAUACAUACCGUUUUUUCCAAUUUCCAGAAAGACAUGGAUUUUUACAUCAACAAUUAAAAAAAAUUAAGUUUUUGCUGGUUCGUUUCAAUAUGGUUUUCUCCAUUCACAACUUGACAAGAUAAAUUGGAUGCAUACAAUAUUAACAAAACAAAAAUAAGCUAUCUUUUAACAUCCUUUCUUUAACAUAAAUAUGCUGAUUUCUAUAGCCAUAGCAUUUAUAUCCCCUCAUUUGUUAAUUAAGUUAAUUUCUAUAACAGUAGGAUUUGUAGCUCCCCUACUUUAUGUCAUUUAAUCUGAUUUCUAUAGCCAUAGGAAUUGUAUCCCCCCUACUUUAUGUCAUUUAGGCUGAUUUCUAUAGUAAUAGUUUGUUUAAUAGCACUGUCUCAUUUAAUCCUUAGAUGUGCAUGUUAAUUUUUCUGUUCAUUCCUAUUUUGUUAUUUUUUUGUAUAUUUUGUUUUUCUUAAAGAGUGUUUUUACUGCAAGGAGAUCUAAGGGAUCCUAAGAGACAAGAAGGAUUCUUGAAAAUGUGUAAAUCAUUGAGUGCUAAAAUGAUUAGAUUUUUAUUAAGGGGACUUUUUUAUAGCAGUGCUCUAAAAAUGUAUUUUAAGUUACAGAAGGAUGUCCACCUGACCAUAUGUUUAAUGUGUUUCGGAUUAAGAACAGUGAUUAUUUGAAGAGAUUAAAAUUGCCAGUGAUUAUAUUAAUUUAUUUGAAGAUCGAGAUUGAACUUGUCAGUGAUUAAUUAGGAAUGAAAACCGGUCCAGUCCAUGGUGUUUAUACACAUCAUGAUACAUGAAACAUUUUUUUGUAAUUUUGAAACAGUCACAAUCAAGUUUUAUAAUGAUUUAUCAAUCUUUUUGUUUUUAAUUACCUUUCAACUUAUCUUUUUAGUCCAAGUGUUAACAAUUGCUAUUCAAAUGAUAUGAUUAUUAUACUUCUACUGCGUAAACGCAUAUCAGUUUUAUCAUAAAAACACGAGUGCUUUUUACAUUAUUGUUGUUUAUAUAUCAAAACAAAAGUGAUUAUACAUAGGAGUGCCAAUUGUCUAACUGGAAAUCCGCCUGUUGUCGAUACUCAACUGACUGCUUUAUUGUCCAGCAGGAAGUGCCGUUCUUUAUAUUUUAUGUUCCGAAAAUCGGUUUUGGUUUUAUUUGUACAUUAACAACAAGAUGGUAAUAUGUUCAAUAUACAUAUAUCUCAAUCAUACAUAGCAAUGGCAUCAUAAUUAUAUGAUUAUAUACAUCUCAAUGUAAGGCUAAAAUUCAAAUUUUGCAAUUGAUUAAUUUAUCAAAACUCAUUUUCAUAAGUUACAAUUAGCACUGACGUUUUUCCUUUUUAAAAGUUCAGUAAUUACUCUGUUUAAGAAAUUCACCUUUUUACCAUGUGUAAUUGUUUACUCGUCCAUGUAGCUCGUAUAAAUACUUUUGUCCUGCUUUUAUCCCGAUGAUUGUUAAACUGUCUCCUAUUUGAUUUCUGCAUGUGAUAUAUUUUAAUACAUAAUCACUUUAUCUUUCGUCAAA